AUGCCCUCGCUGAAAGAACAAAUCACCGUCGAGCCCAUCAACGGCACCACAGACUGCUUCCGCUCCAUCGUUCCCCCAAUUUGCAUGGGCUCCCUAGCCGACUGGGCCUACGGCGGCAACAUCCAAGCGAUAGCAGUCAGCGCCGCCUACGCGACCGUCAGCCCGGGCCAGCACCUAUACUCAAUCAGCGGCUACUUCGUGCGCCCGGCCAGCCCAUUGCUCCCGCUCGUAUGUCGUGUCGAGCGUGCCCGUGAUACGCGGACGUUCCAGACGAGGCACCUGCGUGUAUACCAAAUCGGAGGAAAUGGCAAAGAAGAGGGCGGAGGCGGACCCGAACAGCUGUGUCUCAUCGCAACGGCAGAUUUCCACGUCGAUGAACCGGCGCACACGGUGAUGGUGGAGUAUACCGCUAGUCCGCAGCUUCCUAUCCCAUCUGUGCCGGUGGCCGAGACACCGAGGGAGAACACGCCGGAGCCGGGACUGUAUAGCGUUCUCGAUAGGAUGAUGGCGAUACACCCGCACAGCACCCCUAAAAAACUUCACAGAAAGAGCGAGCGAGAAGAAGCAGAUCCCACAACAAUAAUCUCAGCCGAGCGUCUCCGCCUAUGCUCCGCAACAGGCUUUACCGAACAACUCGACACAGAAGCCGAUCGGAUCGCCGCGUUAGCAUUCUACAUGGACCGUGGACUCGCGUACAUCCCGGCGAAUCAUUUUGGCUAUAGCCUGGGCCAGGCGAGUGCGUGCGCGACUCUGGACUUUGCGUUGCGGCUUGUGAGCCAUGAGAUUGAUUUGCGGGAGUGGCAUAUUGGAGAGAGACAGACGUUUGGCGCGGGAAAUGCGAGGGCGCUUAGUGAGGGGAGGGUUUUUAGUAUGGAUGGUCGGUUAGUGGCUAGUAUGACGCAGACGACGAUUUUGAGGGCGAAGAAGGGGAUGUCGAGGAUUUGA